GACAAUGUCGGAGAGUAGAAGUCGGGCCCGGGUGAUGCAUCAGAGCGGUAGCUCCCACCGUUCGUCGGCCAGCACGUCCAACGGGACUGGGGGGGCAGCCGCACGGCAGGAGGAACUCGGCCGUGUCUGAUUGCACCAUGACGGAGGACGAGGACCUCGGCGACGGCAUCCUGUACGGGGCCCGGGACGAUGACCCGAACCGCCGGAGGAUGCUGAGGCACCAGUACCGGGAGCUCAUCAACAGUGUUCAGCAGAAUCGUGAGGACAUGAUCAGACCCAACAGUAAUAAAUUAACAGAAGCACUGGAAGAAGCUAAUAAAUUGUUUUCCAAAGUACGUCAGACCAGCGAGGCAGCCCUGGAUGCUCAGUUUCUUGUACUUGCUACAAAUCUGGGUCAAGAGAAGGCUAAUCAGCUGCACACAGACAUGAUGGUGUUUGAUCCAUCAGUCUUUGCAGAGGAACUGUUAACAUUCAUGGGUUUGAGACGACUGGAAACUGAAGGGAGUGAUGAAGAUGAUGAAUCCACAGGGUGGCUUCCGAAGGAUGCCUGGACUAAACUAGGAAAUGAAGCAGAAAAGUAUUUUAAAAGAGCUCCAGCCUUUCAUUAUAUGUUGGGAUCUUUCAAAAGUGAACCUCCAGUUCCACGACAGAGAACUGAGAGGCAGAAGAGAGUUCCAACGAAGGAAGAACGCAGAAUAAUGCCUACACAGUUGAAGAAAAUGGAUGAAUCUCACCAAGAAGCAACUGAAAAGGAAGUGGAGAGGAUAUUAGGACUAUUGCAAGAGUACUUCAAAUCUGACCCUGAAACACCAAUCAAUUUCUUUGACUUUGUAAUUGAUCCACAUUCUUAUUCACGUACUGUGGAGAACAUAUUCCAUGUCUCCUUCAUUGUCAGAGAUGGUUUUGCUGCCAUUGGGCUUGAUCAAGACAAACUACCGAUUAUUGAGCCAGUAAAUGAAGGUGUGGGUAAUGAUAGACCACAGCAACAAAGACAACAGACAGUUAUUUCUUUGAGCCAACAAGAGUGGAAGGAAAUAAUUGAUACGUUUGAAAUAGCAGAUGCCAUGAUACCACCAUCCACCCAAGGAGAUUGAUGAUAUUUGAUAUACUUGAUGUGCCUUAUACCCCACAGCUAAUGGAAGAUGGGAUUUUUGGAGAAAUGAAGACUUAUUUUGUAUAUGUGGCUUUUGAAGUUUUUACAAUAAUGUAAUAAAUGCUAAUGGUUUUG